CAAGAGGUGGUUGGGGGGGACCAUGGCUGACGUUUUCCCGGCCAACGACUCCACGGCGUCUCAGGACGUGGCCAACCGCUUCGCCCGCAAAGGGGCGCUGAGGCAGAAGAACGUGCACGAGGUGAAGGACCACAAAUUCAUCGCGCGCUUCUUCAAGCAGCCCACCUUCUGCAGCCACUGCACCGACUUCAUCUGGGGGUUUGGGAAACAAGGCUUCCAGUGCCAAGUUUGCUGUUUUGUGGUUCACAAGAGGUGCCAUGAAUUUGUUACUUUUUCAUGUCCGGGUGCAGAUAAGGGACCUGACACUGAUGACCCCAGGAGCAAGCACAAGUUCAAGAUCCAUACUUAUGGAAGUCCCACCUUCUGUGAUCACUGUGGGUCACUGCUGUAUGGACUCAUCCACCAAGGGAUGAAAUGUGACACCUGCGACAUGAAUGUUCACAAGCAAUGUGUCAUAAAUGUCCCCAGCCUCUGUGGGAUGGAUCAUACAGAGAAAAGAGGCCGAAUUUACCUGAAGGCUGAGGUCACCGAUGAGAAGCUCCACGUCACAGUUCGGGAUGCAAAAAACCUAAUCCCUAUGGAUCCAAAUGGGCUUUCAGAUCCCUAUGUGAAGCUGAAACUUAUUCCCGACCCCAAGAAUGAAAGCAAACAGAAAACCAAAACUAUCCGCUCCACAUUAAACCCCCAGUGGAAUGAGUCCUUCACAUUCAAAUUAAAACCUGCAGACAAAGACCGGCGACUCUCUGUAGAAAUCUGGGACUGGGAUCGGACAACAAGGAACGACUUCAUGGGAUCCCUUUCCUUUGGUGUAUCGGAGCUGAUGAAAAUGCCAGCCAGUGGAUGGUACAAGUUACUUAACCAAGAAGAAGGUGAAUACUACAAUGUGCCCAUCCCAGAAGGGGAUGAAGAAGGCAACGUGGAGCUCAGGCAGAAAUUUGAGAAAGCCAAGCUCGGCCCUGCUGGUAACAAAGUGAUCAGCCCCUCGGAAGACAGGAAACAGCCUUCCAACAACCUCGACAGGGUGAACCUUACCGACUUCAAUUUCCUCAUGGUGCUGGGGAAGGGGAGUUUUGGGAAGGUGAUGCUGGCUGACAGAAAGGGAACAGAAGAACUGUAUGCUAUCAAAAUCCUGAAGAAGGAUGUGGUGAUUCAGGAUGAUGACGUCGAGUGCACCAUGGUGGAAAAGCGGGUUCUGGCCCUGCUCGACAAGCCCCCCUUCCUGACUCAGCUGCACUCCUGUUUCCAGACUGUGGACCGGCUGUACUUCGUCAUGGAAUACGUCAAUGGCGGAGACCUCAUGUACCACAUUCAGCAAGUAGGGAAAUUUAAGGAGCCACAAGCAGUAUUCUAUGCAGCAGAGAUUUCCAUUGGAUUGUUCUUUCUGCAUAAAAGAGGGAUCAUUUACAGGGAUCUGAAGUUAGAUAAUGUCAUGCUGGAUUCAGAAGGACAUAUCAAAAUCGCUGAUUUUGGGAUGUGCAAGGAACACAUGAUGGAUGGAGUCACAACCAGAACCUUCUGCGGAACUCCCGAUUACAUCGCCCCAGAGAUAAUUGCUUACCAGCCGUAUGGAAAAUCUGUGGACUGGUGGGCAUACGGUGUCCUGUUGUAUGAAAUGCUGGCUGGCCAGCCGCCAUUUGAUGGUGAAGAUGAAGACGAACUGUUUCAGUCUAUAAUGGAGCACAAUGUUUCCUAUCCCAAAUCCUUGUCCAAGGAGGCUGUUUCCAUCUGCAAAGGACUGAUGACCAAACACCCAGCCAAGCGGCUGGGCUGCGGGCCGGAGGGAGAGAGGGAUGUGAGAGAGCAUGCCUUCUUCCGGAGGAUCGACUGGGAAAAACUGGAGAACAGGGAAAUCCAGCCUCCGUUCAAGCCCAAAGUGUGUGGCAAAGGAGCAGAAAACUUUGACAAAUUCUUCACACGCGGGCAACCUGUCUUAACACCGCCAGAUCAGCUGGUCAUUGCUAACAUAGACCAGUCUGAUUUCGAAGGGUUCUCAUAUGUUAACCCCCAGUUUGUGCACCCUAUCUUGCAAAGUGCGGUAUGAAACUCACGUGAAAGCAAACAUUUCCCUCCCCCUCAGCUUCCCCAGCAGUGGGGAAAGAUCCUUGACCCUAACAUUUUUAAGGCCAUGGCCUUAUGUCUUACUCCACAUGGAGGCCUGAAAAUUGUAGGGUAAUUAGUCUACAUGUGAUCAACUUUUCAGGGUCUCUCUCUUACAACCAAGAACAUUACCUUAGUGGAAGAUGACAUAAUGUACAGUGUCCAGUUUAAUUAUGUAGAUGUCACAUCUGACUAUAGAUUAACCUUUCCUAGAAAAUGAGACUCUUACCCCCUUUUUGGUACGAUUUGAUAUAUUCUCUAUUUGUGGAUUUUCACCAUCAGGCUCCCCAAACCAGAGAUGUUGAAGUAAACCUGCCCUCGUCCAAUGGACUAGAAACUUCUCCAACCCACAAAACCUUUGGAGCGAAAGAGUGGGGAGCCCAGAGCAUGAGCAAAGAGGGAUUGGGGAUGGGAAAAGCUUCAAGAUACCCACUGCUUCUGUUCUUUAUGUCAAUGGAAAGCCCCGUGAAUCUGAGAGACCAGGAUGGACCUAAUCACUGUUCUCAAACAUCAUAAUGAAACCAUAAUCCAGUGGUUUAAAAAAAAAAA